AUGCAUGAUCUUAUGAAUGAUUUAUCUCAAUUAGUUGCAGGAGAAAUAUGUUGCAAACUGGAGGGAGAUAAGCAACAAAAUUUUUCACACCGCUCUCGUCAUUCGUCUUAUGUUUUUGAUGAUCCGUUUCACAGUGUAAAGAAGUUUGAAGCAUUUUAUCAAACAACUUGUUUACGUAGUUUCCUACGCCUAAUGCCUCCAAGAUAUGGGAAUUCCUAUUUAACUAAUGUUGUCUUGGAAGAUUUGUUGCCAAGACUUAGCUACUUAAGGGUUCUUUCUUUGUCUGGGUAUUUGAUCUAUGAUUUGCCCGACUUUUUUGAAAAUUUAAAACUUCUACGAUACUUAAAUUUGUCCACAACUGCAAUUACAUGUUUACCUGAUUCUUUGUGUACUCUUUAUCAUUUGGAGACUUUACUAUUAAGAAAUUGUUCAAGGCUCAAAAAUUUACCCUCUAAGAUCGGAAACCUUGUCAACUUGCAUUUUCUUGAUAUUAGAGGUGCGGAUUCAAUGGAAAAGAUGCCCUCCGGAUUUGAUCAGCUAAUCAAGCUUCAAACUUUAUCUGAUUUUGUUAUAGGGGAAGGUGAUGGACAUCUUAUUAGAGAACUGAAAAUUUUGUCGAACCUUAGAGGUAAUUUUUGUCUUUCUGGGUUGGAGAAUGUUAAUGGUCAAGAUGCGAGGGAAGCUAAGUUAAAUGAGAAGCUAGGGAUUGAUGUGUUAGAACUACGAUGGGGUACAUACUUGGAGAAUAAUACAAGGAAAAAAGAAGUUGAAGAGCGGGUGCUAGAAUUUCUUUGUCCUCAGAAAAAGCUUAAGCAACUCAUCAUUGCGAAUUACGGUGGUGCAAAAUUCUCGACUUGGAUAGGAAAUCCUUCCUUCCAGAAUUUGUCAUCUUUGAAGCUUUGCAAUUGUAAAAAUUGCAAAUCACCGCCAUCAGUUGGAAGGUUGCCAUUGUUAAAAGAUCUUUCAAUUAUUGGUUUGGAUCAGGUACAAAAGAUUGGUGUUGAGUUCUUUGGAGAAAAUGAAUUGAAGCCAUUUGCAUCAUUAGAGAUUCUAUCUUUUAAGAGUCUUCCAAACUGGAAGGAGUGGGACAGUUGUGAAGGAGAAGAGAAGGUUACGAGAAGUUUGGUAGUUUCAAUAUCAAGUUUCCCAUCACUAUGUGAAUUAAGUAUAGAUGGGUGUGCAGAAGUGGUGGAUGAUUGCUCUUCUCCUGCUAAGGAGGGAGUUGGCAUCUUUAUCACAACAUGGGGUUGUCCUCAAUUGCACUCUUUGGAAACUGAGGAAGCCGACUUGCAACCUGACAAGAUUUCACGUGUUGAAGCUCUGAAUAUAGGUUAUUGUAAUGGGCUCAAUAGACUGCCAAAAGUCUUACACGAGCUCACAUUCCUUACAGUGAUGGAAAUUUGUAGUUGUCCAGGCUUAGUUUCUUUUGCAGAGAAUAACUUUCGUCCUAAUUUAAAAAAGCUGAAAAUUUCAUUCUGUGCGAAUUUGGAGUAUUUGGUUGAUGGAAAGGAAGAUAAUAAGAGUAUGAGUAGUAUCCUCCGUCUUCUUGAGGACUUGGAAAUAGAAUGGUGUGGAUCUCUAAUGUCUUUGUCAUCGAAGGGGCACAAAAAUAUUUGCAAUUCACUUCAACUUCUCCGAAUUGCCUGCUGCUCAAAGCUGAGUUGCCUAUUUCCAAGCACCAAGUUACCCAUAACGCUUAAACGUUUGGUAAUUGAUAUGUGUCCAGAGUUGGAAUCCAUAGCCCAAGAGUUUGAUGAAAUUGCUUGUCUUGAAUCUAUUCUAAUUUUAAGUUCUGAAAUUAAAUCUCUACCACGAGGACUAGACAAGCUCAUCCAUCUCCAGGAGAUUCGAUUGAAAAAUUGUUCAAAUUUGAUUUCUAUUGAAGAAAGUGGGUUGCUCUCCACCAGCCUCAGAGUUUUCGAUGUUGAGGGUUGCAGAAAAUUUGGGGCCCUUCCUAAGUGCAUGGUCAGCAUCACCUCCCUUCAACAAUUAAUUGUGUUCAAUUGUUCGGCUGAUAUAUCAUUUCCAUCGGAGGGUUUCCCUGCCAAUCUCACAUCACUUGCAAUCUCAAACGCACCCAAAAUUUAUAGGUCACUUGUGGAAUGGGGAUUAAAUAGACUCACCUCUCUUCAACGCCUCACCAUCGGAGGUGGAGGAUGCUCAAACGUGGUAUCGUUCCCAGAAGAAGGGAUUGGAAUGGUGCUGCCUCCUUCUCUCACCUGUAUCCACCUUUCAUAUUUUGAUAAUCUGGAAUUCAUGUUCUCUGAGGGCUUUCAAGACCUCGCCUCUCUUCAAGAAUUGCGCAUCUUUAGUUGUCCCAAGCUAACAUCUCUACCGGAAAAAGACAUGCUUCUCUGGCUUGGUGUUUUAUCUAUUUUCAAUUGUCCGUUGCUGAUCGAAGAGUGCUCAAGCGAUAAAGGACGAGAGUGGUCUAAGAUUUCCCACAUACCUGAAGUUGUAAUUGAUUUUCAAAAAGUAAUCCCGAGGAGAUCAGAUUGA